AUGACCUAUUUAUGGGCCAAUCCGUUUGCAAAAUUAACCUCACUGUCUACGUUACGACAAUUUCUGAACGAAGAAGAACGCUUAGAAAUUAAAGCUAAAGAAGAUGAAGUUGAAAAAGAAGAUAACAAUAAUGUUGCGCCCUUAUUUUAUUAUCCUGGAUUUAUCAAAAUCAUUAAUCUCUGUUGUCUCAAAAAUUGUUGUAAACACGAGUUUAAAAAUAACCAACUGAAAACAGUAAAAAUCAUACCUGGGUUACUCGUACGAUAUGAAGAGACGCCGCCACGCUCAAGAAGUAUUGAUGAUAACGCGCCAACGAACGCUGCUUUAUUAUGUAAGGCGCUUGCGGAAAUUUUCGAAAACGUUUCGUGCAAAGAAUUUGUGCGUACAUUCGACAGUCUAUUUAAGCAGCCAGACCUCGAGCCAGACCCGGAGCAGCUAAACCGCGAGCAGCCAGCAGCAGUUACCUUACGUCGUACAACGAGGGACACCUUCGUGCUCAUUGUUGAACAUCUUGAUAGGGAUAUUGCUAAAAAUGUCCGGUUAUUAAAAUUACCUAUAAACAUUAUCUGGGACUUUUUGGCUGAGGUACUAGUCGGAGAGCGCGGG